GCUAAGGAGAGAAACGUGAGCAAUGGCGUCUGUUUUUCUCUCAGAGGAUUUGAAUUGCUCUAUCUGUCUGACCAUCUUCACUGAUCCUGUGACUCUCAUCUGCGGUCACUCUUUCUGCAGAACAUGUGUUACAGAUGUUGUGAACACACAGCAUCAAUGUCCGCUGUGUCGGUCAGGUUUGGUAUCACUUAACCCAGAAUCUCUUCAAACGAACCAUAUAUUGAAAAACUUCGCUGAAAAGGCAAAAGAGGCUGAGAAGAAGAAAGAGCAUGGAAGUGAGAAAGCAGAGGUGGCUGAGUGGAUGUGCCCUGAACAUGACGAAAAGCUGAAACUGUUCUGCGUCACUGAUCAGCAGCUAGCUUGCAUCAUAUGCCGCGAUGGGGAGAGGCAUGAAGGACACAAGUUCAAACCAAUCAGAGAAGCCGCUGCAUCUCUGAGGAAGGAGAUGGAGAAGGGUGUAGAGAACCUUUCUGCUGAUAUCUGCGCCAUAGAGAGCCACGCCAACUCACAGAGGGAAGAAAUAACAAAAACCAAGGAGAAGUCUCAACAGCUGAUGACCAAAAUCUCCAGAGAAUUUGAGGAGAUGCAUCAGUUUCUGAGAAAGAGAGAAGAUGAGAUCAAGAAAGAACUUGAACACAAAGAGGAAGAUGCUGUCGAGAAAAUGAGCAAGAACUUAAAAGCUAUAGAAACAACUUUAUCAGAGAGCAACGAGCUGGAGGGGAAGGUGACUGUGACUCUGAAUGUUACUGACCCUGAGAGGUUCUUAAAGAUCUGGAUGGAGGGUAACAGCACAACUCCAGAAGAUUUAUUCAGGCCGAGAGCAGACGAUCUCAUGGUGGUUAAUACGUCUCUGUGUCUGGGGACUUAUGAAAGUCACCUGCAGUUCUUCGUGUGGAAGGAGAUGCGUCAGGUGAUCCAACCUCCAGAAGAAGUGCUGUCACUCAAAAGCAACAGUGCAAAUAUAACUGUUUCUGAUGAUGGGAGAAGUUUGUCGUGUACUACCAACCAGCAAACCAGCCAAGGUACACCUUCUUUUGGCCAAUCCACAGCCCACAGUGGAGGUCUUUAUGGAGCCCAAAGCGGUGGCUUUACCUCUUUCGGCUUUGGCACUGCUGCCACCUCAGCCCACAGUGGAGGUUUUUAUGGAGCCCAAAGCGGUGGCUUUAGCUUUGGCGGUGCCUCCGCCUCAGGAUUUAACCAACCCACCACGGGACUCUCUUUUGGAAACGCAAGCAGUUUUGGGACUAGUCUUUUUGGGAAUCCUGAGAAAUCGAGGUUGGGCAGAUGAACUAUUGGGAACUAGGGGUAAAAGAUAACUUCCUAAAAUACCAUGGCCAAAAAUGUACCGCCUGUAGUAAAAAUAUAAACACAGAGCUGGAAUUUGGAGGCAAACCUAGAAAGGUUGGGGUUUACCUAAACUGCUCGUCCAUGAAGCUCUCCGUCUACGAUGCAGACAACAUGUCACAUAUUCACACCAUGAGCUCUGAUCAGGCGUCCGUGCCGGUGUCAGCGCAUUUUAACGUGACAGCUGAUCCUAACCGCCUGACAGUGUGCUGGUACUGAAGUGAAGUGAAGGAUGAAUAAUCACUGAGCGCUGCAAUAAACAAACAAACAAACAAAGAUAAAUAUCAUACUGAGAAGUCAUGGUGGGAUUGUUGUUUCACAAUAGCUAUCUUAUUUUUCAUCAGAAUUUUGCUGUUUUAUCUUCUUUUGUUUUCUUAAACCUUUCAAUAUCUUGUUUUAAGUUGCUAUUACUUAGCUAUUGUAUAAGGCUGAAUGUGCUGUAGUAGUAAUAGUGUUGGGGUUGGGCGGGUAAUACCAUGUUACAUAAUAAACCACAAUUUACAAUACAGGAAAGACUUGCUUUGGAUUAUACAGUCACCGACCUAUUAGGAACACCUGUUCAAUUUAAUUCAAUCCAAUACAACAGCUCUGCUUUAAAUUCUUCAUUUAUGAAGUUUAUACAUUUUCAUUUUUUGUUAACAUUGUCAAAAAGUUGAUAAUUCUACUUUAUGUUUAUUACUGAGGUCGUACUAAGUGGUACCAAAUAUUUAGUCCACUCCAUUAACAUACAUGAGGGGGGCAAAAUAUUAAGAGCACCAUUCAAUAUAAUGCACCCUUAUACACCACCAUCACCCACUAUGACCUCAGUAAUAAUAAAAGUAAAGUUUAAAGCAGAGAUGUUGUAUUGGAUUGAACUAGAUUGCACAGUUUUCCCUAAUAAAGAGGCCAGUGAGUGUAUUUCAUUGUUGAUCAGCUGGGCAGUGUUUUAAAAAUGUUUGCAGACUAAUGUUGUAUUGAUUCAGUGAUCAGUUGUAGUGAUUUUUGGUGGUGGAGCUGGUCUGUUGUUUACAUUUCUUCUAAUCAUGUAUUGUGCCUUUUUUUUUUUUUUUUAGCAAUAAACUAAUAUGAGGCCUUUAAUAA